GUUUGGAUAAAUACAUCUGAUAUUAUAUUGGUUGGCUUAAGAGACUACCAGGAUAACAAGGCCGAUGUUAUUCUAAAGUACAAUGCAGAUGAAGCCAGAAGUCUGAAAGCAUAUGGGGAGCUUCCAGAACAUGCUAAAAUCAACGAAACAGACACAUUUGGUCCUGGAGAUGAUGAUGAAAUCCAGUUUGAUGAUAUUGGAGAUGAUGAUGAAGAUAUUGAUGACAUCUAAUUUGGAGCAGAGGUUUACAUUCCGACUUUUUUCCUCCAAGGAUUGUUCUACAUUGAUAUUUUGAUUAUUUUUUGGGUGAAGUCCCUUUCUUUUAAGAAGACUGAAAAUUCUCAGUAAAGAGUGUAGUUUGUUACAUCAAAAGGAUUUAUUUUCAAUGUUUGUUUUAAAGUAUUUAUAUUUCUUUAGAAAUGGAUAAUGCUGGAUUAUCACAAGGGUUCAAUGAAACGCCACAAAUAUUUUGUCUCUUCACCAAUUAGAGCUUUUACCUCUGGAUGUAAGUGAGAUACAGUGACACGGGCUGUAAAAGACUGCAUUUUUCCCUCUUCUGCUUUCAUCACUACAAUUCCAGUUAAACUUGUAUUUUGAAAUAAAAAUUAUUUACCCUGUAAUUAUCAUGAAUUUUGAUUAAAUACAAAUACCCAGUUCAGAUUAGUAUCAAAUCAUACUAUGCAGUGUCUGUCCUUAUACCCCUUGCCUUGAUGUUAACUUUAAAAAGAUUUUGAUAAUAUAAAAGGAAGGCAGGAAUCUGCAUUUAAAUUCAUAAUGCAUGAUGAAUCUGCUUUUCAUGUCUAGUAGCAUGCUGCUAUUUUUAUACUGAUUUUGAUAAUUAAAAACACUCACUAUUUCAAAGGUGUAAAUUUGCCACAGCGGAGGGGUAGGGGAGAAGUAAAGAUAAAAAGUAAGCAGCAUCUCAAAUUUGCAGUUGUUGAAAACUGUCUUGUAUGCACAGCUCUUCUGUGUUGUAAGUACAGUAGUCACGCUGUAGUUGCAGAAGAUGAACACUGGGUGGCACCCAACUUAACAGGGAUACAUUAAUACAAAACAUUACCAGUUGGGUUUGUACUGAAAAAUACGUAAAAUAGUUUUUCCCCAAAGUGAGUGCUUAACAUUCUUGAUACAUUAAACAUGUAGACUAUUUUUACAUUACAGAAAAGGUUAUGUUAAGAGUAGAUUUUUAUUUUAAUCUUAAAUUCCAUACAUUGUAAGGUACAACGUUAAAGCUUAUGUAAACUUUGAAUAACAAUAUAAAUGAGAAAAUAAAUUUGUGUCAAACGUAGGAAAAGAAUCUUUUCAUCCAGAAUAAAUCACUGAAACAAACUAGUGGAAGGAUUCUGCUCCACCUUCAGACUGAAGGAGUCAGUUAAGAAGCCGAAUAAAGACUAACAUCAUCACGCAAAUAUGAUUUUGUGGUAGCCUUAGUUUCUUUGUCUUCAAUUCUGUAUUUAACAAACUCUGAAAGCAGGUUAAUGGAAAACUUCCUUCUGUGCCAUAAAAAUCUGAUUCUUGACACUUGUAUUCGUUAUACAGUCUUUUUGGUAUGAUGUAAAGUGACUACCCCAAUAGAUAAAAACAAAAUGGCUUUAAAUA